AUGAGGACUGCGGGGCGGGAUCCUUUGCCGCGGCGGAGUCCAAGAUGGCGGCGUGCGGUUCCGCUGUGUGAAACGAGCGCGGGCCGGCGGGUUAAUCAUCUCCGCGGAGACGACCUCCAACGACCCGCAACAAUGAAGGGAAAAGAGCGCUCUCCAGUCAAGGCCAAACGGUCCCGUGGAGGUGAGGACUCGACUUCCCGCGGGGAGCGGAGCAAGAAGUUAGGGGGCUCUGGUGGCAGCAAUGGGAGUAGCAGCGGAAAGACCGACAGCGGCGGCGGGUCGCGGCGCAGCCUUCAUCUGGACAAGUCCAGCAGCCGAGGUGGCAGCCGCGAGUAUGACACUGGCGGGGGCAGCUCCAGUAGCCGCUUGCAUAGUUACAGCUCCCCAAGCACCAAAAAUUCCUCGGGCGGGGGCGAGUCGCGCAGCAGCUCCCGGGGUGGAGGCGGGGAGUCACGUUCCUCUGGGGCCGCCUCCUCAGCUCCUGGCGGCGGGGACGGCGGGGAAUACAAGACACUGAAGAUCAGCGAGUUGGGGUCCCAGCUGAGUGACGAAGCGGUGGAGGACGGACUGUUUCACGAGUUCAAACGCUUCGGUGAUGUAAGUGUCAAAAUCAGUCAUCUCUCGGGUUCUGGCAGCGGGGAUGAGCGAGUAGCCUUUGUGAACUUCCGGCGGCCAGAGGACGCGCGGGCGGCCAAGCAUGCCCGAGGCCGCCUAGUGCUCUAUGACCGGCCCCUGAAGAUAGAAGCUGUGUAUGUGAGCCGGCGCCGCAGCCGCUCGCCUUUAGACAAAGAUACUUAUCCUCCUUCAGCCAGCGUGGUCGGGGCCUCGGUAGGUGGACACCGGCACCCCCCUGGAGGAGGUGGGGGCCAGAGAUCACUUUCCCCUGGUGGCGCAGCCUUGGGAUACAGAGACUACCGGUUGCAGCAGUUGGCUCUUGGCCGCCUGCCCCCACCACCUCCGCCACCAUUGCCCCGUGAGCUGGAGAGAGAGCGAGACUACCCAUUCUAUGAGAGAGUGCGCCCAGCAUACAGUCUUGAGCCAAGGGUGGGAGCUGGAGCAGGUGCUGCUCCUUUCCGAGAAGUAGAUGAGAUCUCUCCCGAGGAUGAUCAGCGAGCUAACCGGACGCUUUUCUUGGGCAACCUAGACAUCACUGUGACAGAGAGUGAUCUAAGAAGGGCUUUUGACCGCUUUGGAGUCAUCACUGAGGUAGACAUCAAGAGGCCUUCUCGGGGCCAGACCAGUACCUAUGGCUUUCUCAAAUUUGAGAACCUAGACAUGUCUCACCGGGCCAAACUGGCAAUGUCUGGCAAAAUUAUUAUUCGGAAUCCUAUCAAAAUUGGUUACGGUAAAGCUACACCCACCACCCGCCUGUGGGUAGGUGGUCUGGGACCUUGGGUGCCUCUUGCUGCCCUGGCACGAGAGUUUGACCGAUUUGGCACCAUUCGCACUAUAGACUACCGCAAAGGCGAUAGUUGGGCAUAUAUCCAAUAUGAAAGCCUCGAUGCAGCUCAUGCUGCCUGGACCCAUAUGCGUGGCUUCCCACUUGGUGGCCCAGAUCGUCGCCUUAGAGUAGACUUUGCAGAUACAGAACAUCGUUACCAGCAGCAAUAUUUGCAGCCUCUACCCUUAACUCAUUAUGAAUUGGUGACAGAUGCUUUUGGACAUCGAGCACCUGACCCUUUGAGGGGUGCUCGGGAUAGGACACCACCCUUACUAUACAGAGAUCGUGACAGAGACCUUUAUCCUGACUCUGACUGGGUGCCACCCCCACCCCCAGUCCGUGAACGCAGCACUCGGACUGCAGCUACUGCUGUGCCUGCUUAUGAGCCACUGGAUAGCUUGGAUCGCAGGCGAGAUGGCUGGUCUUUGGACCGGGACAGAGGUGAGCGAGAUCUUCCCAGCAGCAGAGACCAGCCUAGGAAGCGAAGGCCGCCUGAGGAGAGUGGGGGCCGGCACCUGGAUAGGUCUCCUGAGAGUGACCGUCCCCGAAAACGUCACUGUGCUCUUUCUCCCGACCGCAGCCCAGAAUUGAGCAGUAGCCGGGAUCGCUACAACAGUGACAAUGAUCGAUCUUCCCGUCUUCUUAUCUUGGAAAGGCCCUCUCCAGUCAGAGACAGACGAGGUAGUUUGGAGAAGAGCCAGGGUGACAAGCGAGACCGUAAAAACUCUGCAUCAGCUGAACGGGAUAGGAAGCACCGGACAGCGGCUCCCACUGAGGGAAAAAGCCCUCUGAAAAAAGAAGACCGGUCUGAUGGGAGUGCACCCAGCACCAGCACUGUUUCCUCAAAGCUAAAGUCCCCCUCCCAGAAACAGGAUGGUGGGACAGCCCCGACAGCUGCAGCCUCUCCCAAACUCUGUUUGGCCUGGCAGGGCAUGCUUCUGUUGAAGAACAGCAACUUUCCUUCCAACAUGCAUCUGUUGCAGGGUGACCUCCAAGUGGCUAGUAGUCUUCUUGUGGAGGGCGCAACGGGAGGCAAAGUAGCCCAGCUCAAGAUCACUCAGCGUCUUCGUUUGGACCAGCCCAAGUUGGAUGAAGUAACUCGACGCAUCAAAGUGGCAGGGCCCAAUGGUUAUGCCAUUCUUCUGGCUGUGCCUGGAAAUUCUGACAGCAGGUCCUCCUCUUCCUCAGCCACAUCAGACACUGCCACCUCUACUCAGAGGCCACUUAGGAACCUUGUGUCCUAUUUAAAGCAAAAGCAGGCCGCUGGGGUGAUAAGCCUCCCUGUGGGGGGCAACAAAGACAAGGAAAACACCGGGGUCCUACAUGCUUUCCCACCCUGUGAGUUCUCCCAGCAGUUCCUGGAUUCCCCUGCCAAGGCACUGGCCAAAUCUGAAGAAGAUUACCUGGUCAUGAUCAUUGUCCGUGGGUUUGGUUUUGAGAUGGCAGUUAGGUAUGAGAGCAAGAGAAGUGGAGCUGACCCUGUUAACGUGCUGGUUAAAGGGAGAAAAUGAUUUCAGGUAACCACAGUGAACUGUCUGACUAAAUAAAAAAGGUUUCUAUGUUUGAUUUAAAUAGUUGAAAAGUAAAAGUCCUAAAAUGUUCUUUGGCUGUUUAGCAAUUAUUCGUAUGAGUUUUCUUAAAAGAACAGCUGCUGUCUUUGGUAACACAGAUGAAGGUGGAUUUUUAAGUGGCUUUGUAUCUUGACCCCUUUUUACAAUGGAGUAGUUCUGGAUUGUUCCAUGUAAAUUAUGGAAUGAAAACAGAGGGGUAAAAGUUUGACUAAACUCCACCUUUUUUUAGUUUAAUUUUUUAAGUUAUAUUUAGGAUAUAUUGAUCAUAAAUUGAUUAUAAACGUCCUUCUGAAUUUUUUUGACAUAUUUUACUCAGUUACAUGAGUAUAAAGGGUAUUUUCAAUCCUAUGAUCUUUGCUUAAUUUCAGUCCUUAAAAAAAUCCACCCUGUUGUUCUACUUGUUAUUUGUCUAUUCAUACAGUAAAUUCAUUCAAAGUAUGUGCCAGUGGGUAUUAUUGGUGCUUUUUGAAGUCAAGCUGGACUAUCCAGGAAGGUCUUGUUAAUGUUAUGUUCAUCUAUAAUGGCAUAGGGGAAAUAUAUAUAUUUUUAAUAUUGUAAACAUUUGUACUGAAUAACCUUUUUUUCCCCCCCCGCAAGCAAAACUGGUGAACUGCGGAUUGAAGAUAUGGAAUUCAAAGCUCUAAUGGACCUUUUUGAAGAGAAGUUGUGGCUUAUGUGGAGUUUACAUGGGCCUCUUGAUGGAAGAAAGCUAAUCUGUUUAGUAUUUGUGCAUUUUACUAAAAUGGCAGCUUAAAGUUGUGUAUCUGCUAUUGUGAUGCCAAUGCCGGUGUUUUAAGUGGAAAAAAAAUGACCUCUUGCUUUGUGCUGUGUACACAAGAUUUCUGGAAAAGUAAAGAAAAACCCUUUUUAUGGCUCACACAGCUUAAAAGUAGCUGUCACUCAAACGUGCGCUCACAGUUGAGCUGCUUUUGUUUUAUUCUAAAUAAAUUGUUUCUUUUGAGGAAAAUGUUUUUCUGCCUGGAAGUGAAUUGACGGCAAACCUUUGACCCCUUUGUUUGCAGCCGAGGGGGUACUUUCUGCUGCUCAGAUCUUGUAUGUCUUGAGCAAGAAGCAGGGAGACCAUCAUUUUGACUAUCACGGUGUGUCAAUUCUGAAGGAUCACUAGUGUUACUGUGACCCCCUUUGUUUGCAGCGAAGGGGAUCUUUGGCCUCUCAGUCCUCAACUUGAUGAGGAAAUGGUGCUGUUUGCUGGCACACAAGAAGCCGGGGCAAGCACCGUAAGCCUCACCACAGUGCACGAGUCGGGGGCUUUGCUGGUUUGAAGAGCCGGA